AUGACUGAACAAACACAACAACCAGUCUUUCAAUUACUUGAUGAUACUACUUUACAACAAGUUGACCCUAAAGUUAUUUAUCAACAAUAUGAAAUUCUUAGAAGAGAAUUUUUGAGUGCUUUAGCAUUUGUUGAACCAACAUUUGAUCUCAGUUCUGCACUUGCUGGUGAGUUACAAAGAACAAUUAAUGAAAAUAGGAUGUAUCGAGAACAAUAUCUUAGUAGAAGUGCAGAAUAUCAAAUUUAUCAACAACAAGCAUUAAAACAAUCACAAUCAAUCAGAAAAAUGGAAAAAGAAUUUGAUAAAAAGAAAACAGAUACUAUUGAAGAACAAAAAAAUCUUCAAACCCAAUUAGAACGACUUAUUGGAGAAUCUAUAGUUAAUAGAGAUAAUGUAAAGAAAACAUAUAUUUCAUUAGAAGAUGAAUUUGAUAAUUUAUUAAGAGAAAGUCUUAGUGAAACUGUUGAAGCUAUUAAUAAUUGUCAACAUGAAGUAGAUGUACUAAAAAGUCAAAAGAAACAAAUAGAAUCUGAAGAACAUGUUGAAGGAAAUAUUGAAGAAAUUCAAAGUUUACUUGAAAGUAGUAAAACUAAGUUAAGUAAUGAUCUUGAAGAGAAAAAUAAAACUCUUAAUGCAUUGGAUACUAAGAUUAUUGAAAUCGAAAAUAGUAAAAAAGAAAAUACUGAACUUGUUAAAGAUAAACAAAUAUUUAUUGAUAAACUUAUUCAUGAUACAUCAGAAAUGGAUAAAACAUUAGAAGAAUUACGUAAACAAGUAGCAGCUAAAAGAGCUGAAGAAGAUAAUAAGAAAGAAGAAAUUAUUGUUAAAUCUCUUCCUCAACCAAAUCAUGUUGCUAAUCUUGAAGAGAAACUAAUUAUCGAUUGGUUUAGUAGAUUUGGAAUUGAAGUUGGUGAUUUUAAAACUUCAUUUAAUGAUGGUCUUCUUAUUUGUCAAGUUAUUGACAAAAUUAAACCCGGAGUUAUUAAUUGGUCAAUGUAUGCUCGCCCAAAGAAUGGAAGAACUUUAAAUAUUUUCCAAAGAAGAACUAACUGUACUGUAUUAGUUGAAACUGUACAAACACUUGGAUUAACUAAUACCGGUAUUGGAUCUCAAGACAUUACUGACGGUAAUGUAAAAAUGUUGAUGGGAUUCUUUAGAGCUUUAAUGGUUUGGGAGACUUCAUUAAAGAAAUCUUUAUUAGCAUGA